UUAUGUAUAUACAAUUACAUAGAUUUUAUACGUAUAUUUCUAUAUGUGUUGGUGAUUAUUAGUCAUUAUUAGAUUUUAGUUCAACUAGAUAUUAUUAAAUUAUAUAAAUAUAUAUUAUUAUAUUUGUUAAAAUAAAAGAAAUGGCUUCCUUGGUAGCAGAUUAUGGAUCCUCUUCUGGUUCUGAUAAUGAAUCUGAUAUUAAUUCCGAGAAUGGUGAUAGCAUUUCGAAGGAAAAGGAAGAGGAUUCCGACAGUGAUAAUGACGACGAGGGCUAUGAGAAUAAAUUGCAAAAUGAAAAACUUCCAUUACCGACACCUGAUUUUAAUGGCACAACCACCAUGAAGACUUCCGUAUUCUCGAAUCCAUUUGUCGAGGCUGAAAAAGCAAAGAGUGCAAUUCUUGAGAAACACGUGAAAAUGACACCAACAUUAGACGAUACAAAAAUGAUAAAUGGCAGAAAAAUAUGUUGGAAUUAUCGUAAGGGUCGUUGUCGUUUCGGUCAUAAUUGUACAUUUGCCCACGAUUCCGAUUUACAUCGAACUGCAUCUGAAUUGGAGGCAAUGCGUGCACCGCAAGAGACAAUUCUUUGUCAAACAUCGUACAAUGGCCAAAUUAGCAUGAUCGACGAGGAUGAAAUUGAUCAAGAAAAUAAGCAAACAUUCAAAAAAAAGAAACGUCCCGGAUUGAGUCAAACACUCGUGCCUGGGAAGAAGGUUCUUAAAAUGUAUAAAGCACAACAGGCAAAGACAAUUGGUAGAUAAAUUAACCUUUUGUUCAAAAAAAAAGAAAGAAAAGAAAAGCAAAGUUAAAACAAAUUAAUUCCAAAUUACAAUUGAUCACAUAAUUAAUUAAAUUAGACAAUUUUUCUAAUAUUCUCUAUAAUUUGAGAAUGGAAUUGAAUUUCGAUUUGCUAAUUAUGAAAGAAUGAAAUUUUAUUAUAUUGAUUUUUAUGUAGAUUAUUUAGAAGGGAAUCUAUCAAUUGUCUCCAAUAGAAGAGAACUCCGUGUUUAUAGCUUCCAAAUCUAGAUUAGCGAAAUGUUCUUUUUAAUUAACAUUCCUGCUGAUUCUAGUUUAACAAAUUUUAGUAGAACAAUCAUUAACGUAGUCUCAAUUUACUGUUAAUAUCCUAAUUAGAGCCCUGUGCUUCCACCGGACACACUGUCAAUGUCAGAAUUAAUUAAUAGUUUCAAUUUUGCGCUCUUACGAAAAGAAAAUUAUUAGACUAUAGAAAUUUUCCCACUUAGAA